AUGGUCAUCCUUCGGAGGUAUUACCGCUCAGGCACAGACGCGCAACUCAGCGUCCAAUACGAGAGCGUGGUGGGCAAGUUGGUGGAGGUCUAUAAAGACCAUGGGAAUACCGCGGAGCAGUGGAUCACGAAGGAGGUGAAGAUCUUCGGCGACGAGGCAGUCACCGUGCGCUUCCAACUGUUGACCACGGAUAAGUCGACAUCGGGCGCCGCUUUGGACCAUGUGACCCUCGUUCCGCGUUCACAACGGGGCCGUUCCCACAGCUCUCACCAGAAGAACUUCUUGGAGUUUGCCGUGGAGGCUUUCAACAACCUUUUGGAUGCGAUUUUCUCGAAGAAGUACGAAGACUCCCACAUCCGGGGCCGGGCUGUCCCUGCGCGGGGCGCGGAGGAGCAGGUCGCUGAGUCGAUCUCGCCGCAACUGCAGGUGUUAACGGUGGCAGUAGUGGCGUCGGUGGCGUUCUUUGGGCUGUUCUUCGCCUUGUCGCGGCAUCGAUUCAGAUCUCUGGCUUUGUCACAUGUCCUGCACGAGAAUGACCGCUUGAUCGAUGACCCGGAGAUCUUCUCGGCUCGCGAGAUUGCUCGAGACAGAAUCCCAUCGGAUGUGAUCUGA